UUUUUGUGCGAGUAUUUUAGAUUCACUCUCUUCAUAUUUUCUUUAUUAAAUAUCAUCAAAGUUCAAAUCCGUUUUUGCAAAUCCAGAUCCUCUUUUCACUUCCCACUUAAGAAAGAAUGUCGAAAGCUGGAGCGUUGGAUCUUGCGUCUGGACUCGGUGGCAAAAUCGAUAAAGAUGAUGUCCUUUCCGCUGUUGAUAAGUAUGAGAAGUAUCAUUCGGAUUUUGGAGGUGCGGAGGAAGAUAGAAAGGCCAACUACACUGAUAUGGUUAACAAGUAUUAUGAUCUUGUCACAAGCUUCUACGAGUACGGUUGGGGAGAAUCAUUUCAUUUUGCCCCAAGGUGGAAUGGGGAAUCACUUAGAGAGAGCAUUAAAAGACAUGAACAUUUUCUUGCUUUGCAAUUAGGCUUGAAGCCUGGACAGAAGGUUUUGGAUGUGGGAUGUGGAAUUGGUGGACCGCUGAGGGAAAUUUCUCGUUUUAGCUCCACAUCUGUGAUGGGAAUAAACAAUAAUGAGUAUCAGAUAACGAGAGGAAAGGCAUUGAACCGUGUUGCGGGAGUAGAUCGAACCUGUGACUUUACAAAGGCUGAUUUUAUGAAGAUGCCCUUUUCCGAUGCUACUUUUGAUGCAGUGUAUGCGAUUGAGGCUACUUGCCAUGCUCCAGAUGCGGUUGGAUGCUACAAAGAGAUAUUUAGAGUCUUGAAGCCUGGUCAGUCAUUUGCCGCAUACGAGUGGUGCAUGACCGAUGCAUUUGACCCUAAUAACAACGAACACCAAAAAAUUAAGGCAGAGAUCGAGAUCGGUGAUGGCCUUCCUGACAUAAGAUCAACUAAACAAUGUCUUGCAGCUCUAAAAGAAGCAGGUUUUGAGGUUAUAUGGGAGCAAGAUCUCGCAAAAGAUUCACCUCUUCCAUGGUACUUGCCCCUGGAUACAAGUCAUUUCUCUCUCAGCAGUUUCCGUCUUACAGCAGCUGGACGGUUUAUUACUAAAAAUAUGGUGAUUGCCCUUGAAUAUGUGGGACUUGCCCCUAAAGGAAGCCAAAGGGUUCAGUCCUUCUUAGAAAAAGCUGCAGAAGGCCUUGUUGCUGGUGGAAAGAAGGAGAUCUUUACACCAAUGUAUUUCUUUUUGGCACGGAAGCCACAAUAGGACACUGGUCAGUGAAACGGAUAUCUUUGAUUUGCCUGCUGGUGCAUACUUGACCGUGUUUGGUGGUGCGUACUUACUGUGUUUUGACUGGUAGAACUCUCCGAAGGAUGGUGUUUUUAAUGUGACUGAUAGGUGGUUGGUAAUUUUCUCAAGUUUGUUGUUUUGGUUUUCCUGGUUUCGUAGAGGUUGUUGGUUGUUUUUGGAAGUACUAUUGAUCUCAAAGUUCAAAAGGAAUUAUUAGCUUUUCUUGAUUGCAAGUGAUACAUUAUUUUCUUUAA